AUGUCAUUCUCAUUUGGCUUCGCCGGGGACGACAUAGAAAAUGACAUGGCUGAGUCUCAGCCAUCAGCUCUCGCCGCAGCUCAACCCUCAGCCUCGACCUCUUACAGUGCCUUUCCGGUGCCCGGUAAACCACAGCUGCCAGCAACGCUCCACAGCCUCUCUGACUUCCUCUCGCAGCUGCCCUCCAAAAUCGCCUAUGAUCUCCUGGACAUCGAGGCUACCGAUGCUGGUGCCAGUGAGACCCAGUUGCGGCUGCCUCGCCGCGAGCUGUGGGACGUGCGAGUGCAGCUCAUGGCCGAGGAUGACGACGUGACCAAUGGAGAGGACCGAGUCGACGACGGCGGGCUCGGAAAACACGAUGUCAAGACGGGCAUUUACGAAGGCGGCUUCAAGAGCUGGGAGAGCAGCAUCGAUCUCGUCAAGGUGCUUGCUGCGCAGGAUGAACUGAGUGCCGCUCAAGAAGCCUCGUCACUCCGUGUCAUUGAGUUGGGUUGUGGAACUGCCCUCCCUUCUCUGGCAAUGUUUACCUGGAUCAUGAAGAGAAUCUCACGCAACCAAUGGCACCAAAAGCCCCUCUCGUUCACUUUGGCUGACUACAACCCAUCCGUCCUCCGCCUCGUCACUUUGCCCAACUUCCUCCUCGCCUGGGCCCUUGAAAACACCCAAAACCCAGUGCUUCAGGACGCAUUUAACAUUGAGGGUGAGCUAGAGCUAUCGCCCGAAAUCAUCCAAGCUUUCGAGCAGUUCCUCUCAUCCAGCGGGAUUCAUUUUUCAUUCAUCUCUGGAGCAUGGUCGCCCGAGUUCAUUCGUUGUUUAUACGAGUUACCAGCGUUCUCAUCCAAUCUCCCGGCGCCAACCACACUCAUGGUGGGGGCAGAGACGAUCUACUCUCCGUUCGCAUUGCAGGCAUUCACGCAGCUCGUCUUUUCCAUCUUGGAUCGUGAAAAGACAUGUAAUGCUAGAGCGGCUGCGUACGUAGCUGCAAAAAAGCUAUACUUUGGGGUUGGUGGCUCGCUAGACGACUUUAUCGAGGCAGCCCGGUCAAAGGGUGCUGCAGUUACAGAGCUGAGAGAGGAAAGUGAAGGUGUACGACGUGGUGUAGUUCACUGUAUCUUGCAGGAACAGGGCCAUCAGUAA